AUGUCUAAUACCGAUGAAACUCUUACACCUGAACAACUUGAACGUAUUGAACGUAAUCGUCAACGUGCAUUACAACUUCGUGCUAGUUCAACAAAAAUUUAUGAAUCUCAAAAUAAAAAUCUUACAUCAAUUUCAACACGUAAACAACAAAUUGAUUCACAUGCCGGAUUUUUUAUUGAAGAUGAUCCAACAUCAAUUGAUAAUCGUCCAAUUAUAUAUGAAAAUAUACCAAUUAUACAUCAAACACAAUCCGAUCAAUUAGAUAUUCUCGGUAUGCCAUGUAAUGAAUGUCAAAUGAUAUUUUUAACAUCAUUUUUACAUAAAAAUUUUCAUGAACCCAUAUGUGAUACAUGUCGAGAAAAAUAUUCAAUUAAUGAUGAAAAAGAUGAUAUUGAUGAUGAACAAUCAAUACGUUAUAGUUUAAUAACACGUACAUUAGCUAAAGAUAAAUAUUUAUUAACAGAUUAUGAUUUAGAUAAACGUGAACCAAUAUUAAAAUGUAUUGAAAAAAAAAAUCCACAUAAUCAACAUUGGGGUGUAAUGCGUCUUUAUCUUCGUUGUCAAAUUCAACGUUUAAGUUCAAAUAUACAUCAAGGAAAAAUUGAAGAAAAACUUCUUGAACGUGAAGAAAAAAAAUCAGAAAAAAAACGAAAAAAAUAUGAAAAACAAGUUGAACAAUUACGUUUAGAUGUACGAUCAAGUUUACAAACAAAACGAAUGAAAAGUAUACAUGAACAUAAAUAUGAUGAAAAAAAUAUUAAAUAUGAUAAAGAAACAGAUAUGUAUACAAAGACAUGUUUAGAAUGUGGAUAUCAAUAUCAAUAUGAAGAAAUAUAA